AUGGUAUCGCCUUCUACUCCCGACUCUCACAAGAGUUCCAGCAGCCCUGCUGAGUCCGACAUUACCCCUUCUCCUACUCAGCAGAACACCCCCUUUACUGAGAUGGGUACUCACACCAACCCACGAUUCAACAAGACGAUGGACUACUCCAAGCUUUUCACCGAAUCGAACGGCGCCCGCCAGGAUCAGAUCCCAGCUGUGCCUUUGAGCUACGUUUCUGCUGCUACUACUCAGCAUACGCCUCCUCCUUCGGAACAAGGUCACCACUUGUUCUUUUACCAGCGCAAUGGUACUGCCGGAAGCACAUUCAAUCCUCGAAGUAGCUCAAACAACUUCAGCAUCAAGCCAAGCGCCGAUGGUCUGGCCCAAGCUCAAGCUCAACUUCAGACUCAGUAUCCUCUGGCUGUGAAUCACAUGCUUACCCACCCACCUGUACCUGCCAAUCCAGUUCGCCAGCCUGCUAUUCCUCCCGUCGACCAUGCUUCACCUAUUAGAGAUAGUUUCGCUGGAAGCCUUGCCCCUUCUCCCGCCAUCUGGGAGGGUCUCAAGGGCCACUUGAACCAGCUCAACCUCGGCGAACACCAAGCUCCUACGUCUGCACCCCGUCAAAACGCUCUUUCGCCUGACCAGGAAGUUCGCUCCUUCAAGCUUCCAAGCUAUCUGAGCUCGUACCAGGCUCGACAACCCUUUUCGUGCAGCAACGCCCCCGUGCCUAUGCACCCCCAGCCGGACAGUCCUACUCUUCGUCAGUCUCCUACUCCUCGAGGUUUCAGACCCAUGGCUGCCAUCAACCACAACCGCACAGCUGUUGGCAGUGAGAACGGAAGAGAAGAACCCGAGAUCAACAUAUUCUCCGACAACUACAAGGGCGAGCAUACUAUGCGCAACGCGAGUGCCAUGGACCUGUCUCCCGAGCAGAACUGUGCUCUCUGGUUGACCAACCUGCCUCCGGACGUUACUCACAACCAGCUCCUUGCCCAGAUUCGCAACGUCGGCCGCAUCUGGUGCACUGUUGUCAACGAGCCUGACUAUGAUCGACAUGACACUGCCGCUGCAAAGGUUGUAUUCUUUACUCCUCGUCCUGCGCAGCUGCUCCUUUCGAAGUCUUUGACCCAGGGUCUUGAAGUCUCUGGAUAUCCCGUUCGAGUCACUCACAACCGCGUCAAGUACGGUGAACAGCCCAUGGUCGGAGCCGCCUCUCGCGUGCUCAUCAUCACCGGAAAAUCGUCCUUUGUCAACCCCGACAGCCUGACCGAUUUCUUCAAGGAGCGAUUCGUCUUUGAGAUUGACGAGAUCACCCCUCUCAUUGUCCAGCCCGCGCGGGUCAAGGGUGGCCGGUCUGUCGUGGAGUACCGCUUCGGUAGUUUCCGCUGCCAGGCACAGAUGGGCAAGAUGGCCCUGGAGAAGGAUCGACCUCAGGGAUUUGAGAAGGUUGAGUUUGGAGAGGAUCCUUGUGAAGUUGGAGACACCCUUUCUGCUUACGGCAUUGCCGCUGAGCGCAUCCAGGGAAAGGGAAUGUAA